GACUUGUUGUAUUCCAUUGAUUCCAUUGAGUUUCUCAUCGCCAGGAUCGGGACAUUUUUCACAUUUUAUUCAUUUCGUAUCAGCAAACUAACGAUUUCAUCGACGAAGAUGACUGAUUGGGAAUUUGUCUUUGACGGGGUGGUUGGAUUUCUAACAUCGCCCAUGUGGAAUAUGCCGAUCGUCUCGUUUAUCGAGAAACAUUGCAUCGUGUUUGAUUCCAGUGAUGAAAACAUGUUAGUACUGACUGAAAUACACAAAGAGUACAGUGCUUUAGUGGAAGAGUUAUUGACAAGUUAUCUAAAAGAUGUUGGUAUUACUGAAGAGCAAUUUGUGAUGGCUUGCGAAGCAGGCUCUAAUAACGAAGAUCAGACAAAGGUUGCCGACAGGUCCAUAUUUGAACAAGUUUGGGCCGGAGAGGACUUUCAGUUAUUCAAGAGUAUCAUGGUGAAGAAGAAUCUUGAUUUAGAACUACAAGCAUUGCACAUGAUCCAGCAAAGAAAUGGUGUGGUUCCCAAAGUUUUUGAAUCAGAAAUGGAUAAAUCAAAGGCCAAGAGUUCAAAACGUCAAAAUCAAAAUGAAGAAGAGAAGUUAUUAAAAGAGGUAAUUAAGUUGUCAGAAGACGAAUAUAAGAAAGAAAAGGAUAGAAAAAAAGAGAUAGAAAAAAUGGAAAAGACACUUGCUUUGUCUUCAAAAGAAGAGAGUGAAAGGUUGUAUCAAAGGGCAGAAGAUGAACUUCGAAACAUGGAAAGAAUGGUGUCUCUCACUCUAAAGCUGGAAGCUAAUAUGGCUGCUGAAGUACCUGGCAAAAAAACACCAAGAACAGAGAGCCCAAAAUCAGGAGGCCCUAGAACAGAAAGUCCUAGAACAGAAAGCCCUAGAACUAAACCAAAAGUUGAGAAAUCAUCAUCGCCAAAGCCAAGUUCAAGUAAAUCUGGAACCAAAAGUCCCCUGAAGGAAAAGACAAAGUCUGCAUCACCACCACCUAAAGCCCAGUCGUCUGGCAGCAAGAAAACACAACCAACUGAACCAGCAAAAUCAAAGGCAAAAAGUGAAGAACCAAAAUCUGUCCCUGUGUGCGCUGCUCCUGCAACAUCCACUAAGCCUGCUGCAAAGACAGCAAAAACUACAGAGCCUUUGCCUGCAUUGGGAAAGUCUUCAACUCCAGCUGAUGCUGCUAAAAGCUGGCUGAGCAGUGCCCUGGCUGAAGCAAAUACACCUUCAGGAAACAUGGCUUCUGCAUCAAAGUCUGCUGAUCAAGCAUCAAUGGACGAGCAAAUAGCACAAAGAGCGCAGUACAUGCGUAUGCAAAGAGAGAAGUUACUGAAUUUGAAAAAACAGCAACGUACAAAAUGUCUCAACACCUUUGAGGAGGAAACGCCCAAACGUCCCAUGUCGUCCAGAGUUGCACGCCGUGUCACAACAGGGGCUGAGGCAGAGAAACCGCAAGUCGCUGUUGACGCAAAGAAACUAGAAUUGAGACGAGCAUUGGCAGCGAGAUUAAAGAAAGAAGUUGUUAAUGCGAAAUAGAUUGAAAAUAUUGGACUAAAUGUUCUAGGUUUUAUUCUAUAUUUUAUCACCACUAAUUAUAGCUAUAUAUAUGGUAGUAUAUAUUAUAGUCUUGGGAAAAUGAUUUGAUACAUUAUUAUACCUAGGAUGAUUCAGUCGGAGUUUGAAGCAUGGAAUGUGAAAAUCUCAUUGUAUUUAUUUGUUUGACGAAAAAGUUGAAUAGGCAGUAAUCUUUGUGAGUGUUGUCGUUGAAUUAGGCAAUGUAAUAAUAACAUAAACGAAUGUCUAGAAUUACAGAAUUGCAAUUUCAUGAUAUAAUGUGUAGGGAUAGAAAUUACUGUUGUAAAUGCUUAGAAUUAUUGUAA